AUGUCACAACCCAGGUUACUCGACCUGGUUAAGACCCAGUGUCGCAUAUUCUCUCUCAACUUCAAUCCGCAGCGGCUCCGACUUGGAAAUAAGGUCCUACGACAGCGGCUUCGUGGUCCAGCUCUCGCAGCAUGGUAUCCUCAAAAGAUGGUCUCUUUCCGAGAUCUCCAAAACACCUAUAAGCCCCUUGGCUUGACUACUUUCGAUGAGGCUGAAGACGAUCGAGAAGAAGCCAUCCAGAUUGCCAAACUCCGAGGAAAGGGCCGGCCCAAGAAGAAGAGGACAGCCGCAGAGUCUCGGUCUGCUAAGAAGAAGAAAUGA